UAUUUGUUUAUCAAAGUUGUUUAUUUGAAAAAAUCUAAAUUACUAUUAAGAAAAGAUAUAAGUUAAACAGCUAAAGUAUUCUGAUUUAAACGAAUCAUGAGACUCGCCGCGAUCUAAUCGCGACAAAUGAUGCAGGUCCAUGCCAGACUAUCGUGAAUCAGACACGCCUCCAAUCGACUUCGAUUAUAGAGGAGCAGCUUUCAGUUAUUAAAAUUCCCAACAGUGUUCAACUUCUAUUUCCCACGUUAUUUUCGGGAUUGAAAGAUUUGUUGCAAAUUACUGACAGAAAAUAUUUAAAUUCGCUGCAUUUCACACUUUUUCAACUUUGCAUAAGUGAAAAUUAAUCAAGGAGUGACGCAUACGUUAUACAUGUUUGUACCUUUGUUCAAUUGACCGGUCAUUUAAGUAAUUCGCGUAUAACAUGCUUUACAAAAUCGUGCUAUACUUGCUUGCUCUUUUGGUAUCGAGAUGCUCGACCAUUUUCGAGAAACACUGGCUUCCGGAUCUAGAGUGGCGAACUGAGAGCAACUGGGCGGACGGACGUGUUCCGAAGAUCGACAGUCGUGUGAUCUUUCCUCUGCAGACCCGACACGCGGUGGGCAUCACCGAAAUACCCUUCAUCUCCGAAAUAUCCGGGUUCAGGCUAUCCGGGAUUGACUUGCCACGGCAGGGAUUCUUGGUCCUGGCUAGAAACGGUAAACUGGAGUUAAGCAAUUCACGGGCGGACGCGAAAGUUAGUAGAUGGUCGAGGGAGGGUAAUGUUUUUUGGGCCGACCCUGCAAACUGGAAUGGUACUUCCAUAGCGGCGCCGCAUCUCGAACGUGUUCCUUGUCGCUUGGACAAGGUUGUCCUGCCGAGCGCGGGUCGCACCUUGAGUAUGCUUCUACCUGUAAGAGAGGUAGAGGUAAUGUCAAUUCGACUGUCGAAUGAGAGACAGCCGUUUACCGAGUGGGAAUGGCAAAACUUUCAAAAUCGCAGAGAAUUUUCCAGAGGCAGAUUCACUGUAAAGUAUCUUAGUAACUUAAAUGACUUAUAUGGAGCUACGCAUGAUUGUACAAAAUGUUAUUGUCAAGGAGAUUCUCAGGGCGAUUAUCUCGAAGAGAUUUGCGCAAUACAGAGGCCAAGAUGUGGAUUCACAGACUGCGAAUAUCCUCUCACGGUGGAAGGUCACUGUUGUCCGUACUGUGGUGGGCGCAUUUCCACGUCGGAGAAGAUUUCCUUAGUGACAAUACGGACCGCGGCUGACGAAGCUUUAGAAGGAUAUAAAGGGAAGGUUGAGUGGCACACUAGACACACUUGGAACGGAGGAGUCGAAGUUCUUGUAAAGGAGAAAGGAGAUUAUUCCGGGGUUACGAUACAGGAAGCAGUGGAGAACCUGCGGGAAAUGUUGCGAAGAACUGGAAUCGACGUGACAAACGCAGAGACAGCUGGUGCAGCAAUAAAGGACUCUCGAUUGGCCGUUACACUUGGACCGCUUUUGGCAACACCCCUCGUCGUGAUAGCUCUUCUUCUGUUGGCCUUCCUGUAUUUCGGUUAUUCUUUAGGACACGUUCUCUCGGGAUGUAUGGAAGCCGUCUCAUCCGUCCGAGAUGGAAUUUGGGAGGGCAAGCAGAAGCAUGGUUUUGCCCGUUUCGAGAACGUUCCCGAAGGCAACGUUCAGAUUGCUGACGUGCCCGGAAUGAGUGGACGAGAAGUUGACGACGAUAAGGGGAUAAAGCAAGUCGCGGGCAGAUUCGAAAAUCCCCUGUAUAAGUCUAAAAGGGACAAGGCGGAAGAACGUAAGAUUCUCGACAUAGAUGAGCCUCUUAGUCUUACCACUCUAAAAGACAAAAUAGAAGAUCAACUAGAAAAUGAGGAAAUGGAUACCGAGGAAUGAGAGUAAGAAAAGUAAGAAUUUUUCCGUCAUCAUUAAUUUAAUGUUAUAUUUCGCCGAUUGAAUUUUACACGGAGUGAAUUUUCUUUUAGAAUUUAUCCUUAAAACCAUAGUAGAACAAUAUAAUAUUUUGAAAAAUUUUAUGUGAUUUAUUAAUAUUUAC